AUGCAACUUCACAUCCUCGCCCUCGUUCUCCCCACCCUCCUCUACCUGUUCGCCUCCACCACCUCGGCUUGCAAGUGCUUGGUGGACGGCGUGAACGACUGGGAGCAAACGGAGUACUGCUGCUUGGCGCACGUGCACGGCGAGUAUGACGAGGACAAGAAGGAUUGCGUGGCGCACAGCAUCGCGGAGAAGAUGACCAAGUUCUCGUACUGCUGCUGGCUUCGGACGGGGGUUGUUGGGACUGAGAUCAUUGAUGGUAUGACGAGGAGUACGGAAUAG